GCGUGUGAGCCAACAACGUCCGGUUCCGGCGCGCAGUGCCCUUGGGCAGCAGGGGACAAUGGCGGCGCUGGUGCUGCUGCGGGCGGGCCUGGCGCGGCCCCGCGGCGUCCCGACGGCUCUGCUCCGCGGGACCCUCCUCCAACGCCCCGCCGUGCUGGCGGCCGCCGCCGAUCGCAGCGCUCCGGCCCGGCAGAGCCAUGGCGGCGCCCCGGAGGGCCGCGGCAGUUCCAAGGCUGCAUCCCUGCACUGGACCAGUGAGCGUGCAGUCAGUGCCCUCCUGCUGGGCCUGCUCCCCGCUGCCUACCUGUACCCCGGGGCGGCCGUGGACUACUCCUUGGCUGCAGCACUCACUCUCCAUGGCCAUUGGGGUCUUGGGCAGGUAAUAACUGACUAUGUCCAUGGGGAUACUCCCAUCAAAGUGGCCAACACAGGUCUGUAUGUGCUGUCGGCCGUUACCUUCGCUGGCCUCUGCUACUUCAACUAUUACGACGUUGGUAUCUGCAAGGCUGUGGCCAUGCUGUGGAGCCUCUGAGAUGCAACAAGUUGCUGGCAAACAUGAUUGUUCCUUGCUGCCUCUGCUUUACCAUAUUUUUAACAAAAAGUUUAAUGCAAGAACAGUGAAUAAUCAAGGGUCUAUAGUUUGUACAUAUAGCAGCCAAUUCGGAGCUCAUCUUUCAGAAACAAAUCCCCAUCUUUCUUUUGAUUUAUUGCUACAGCAGGAAAAGUCUUGGGAUUUAAAGUGGGUAACGUCCAGUGAGUUGAUUUAAGCUGCAAAUGGGAAGGGGUGACAUGAAUAACAAAGUACAGCUGUAGAAGGAAACCAUCCUCAGGCAGCUUCCAUGAGUGUUUUUCUGAAAUACUGCUUUCUGUUUUCAAGGCAGCGAUAAUAGAACCAUUAUUUCUGACAUCACAAAGAACUGUGUGUAAGGCACUCCCUGUAACUCUUCAGGCCCUAAGAGAAAGGGGAAUACUUUUUUCUUAAUCCAUCCAAUAAAGAGUUUGCAGAAA